AUGGUCACGCCGACGCCGAUCCGACCAGUGUCAAGAAACAAGGAUUUGGCAAGGGAAACUGGUAUGAUCUCACCCCUGCUCUUUGCCGAUGUCAGCAGACAUACUCACGAUGACGAUAGGGGUCGCGAGGGCGAGGAAGUCGAAGACUAUGGCUACAACUUUAGCAAGACUCGUCGUCGAUCCAACAGCAGCACCCAUGGCCUAGGUGACUUCAAGACGAAGUUUGAAACCCGCGAUGCCGACCCCGUCUUCGAGGAGCAGUUGCAUGGACCGACCGAGGAUGACGUUGAGAAAUUCUCCAACCUAUCCAAGGAAGAGAGCAUCGACUCCAGCACCAACGCAGGCAGUGUCGAUGAGGAGUACAAGAAGAUGUAA